AUGCUCAGAUCGCGUCUCGCUUCCUCGUCCGGCCUCCCCUCGCUUCGUAACCAAUCUCAGCGAACUUCCCUAGUGGCCGGUCAGAAACGAUAUGCUAGUUACAAAGAAAUCAAAUUCUCAAACGAUGGCCGUGCAGCCAUGCUUGCCGGCGUAGACAUCCUGGCUAAGGCUGUCUCAGUUACUCUGGGCCCCAAGGGUCGAAACGUAAUCAUUGAACAGUCUUUCGGAGGACCGAAAAUUACCAAGGACGGUGUAACUGUGGCAAAAAGCAUCACCCUCAAGGACAAAUUCGAAAACCUCGGUGCUCGAUUAGUUCAGGAUGUGGCCAACAAGACAAAUGAAAUCGCUGGGGAUGGUACCACUACCGCUACGGUCUUGGCUCGAGCAAUCUACUCGGAAGGUGUUAAAAACGUCGCAGCUGGUUGUAACCCAAUGGACCUUCGUCGAGGAUCCCAAGCCGCCGUAGAUGAAGUCAUCAAGUUUCUCGACCAGAACAAACGAGAGAUCACGACUUCCAAGGAGAUUGCUCAAGUGGCCACCAUUUCAGCUAACGGCGAUGCCCACAUCGGUCAACUGAUAUCGACCGCCAUGGAAAAAGUCGGAAAGGAAGGUGUGAUCACCGUCAAGGAGGGAAAGACGAUCGAAGAUGAAAUCGAGGUCACCGAAGGCAUGCGCUUCGACCGGGGUUACAUCUCCCCCUACUUCAUCACCGACAUCAAGACCCAGAAGGCCGAGCUUGAAAAACCUCUUAUCCUCCUAUCUGAGAAGAAGAUCUCAGCCCUUCAGGACAUCCUACCAUCCCUCGAGGCCGCUGCUACCCAACGCCGACCUUUGUUGAUCAUUGCCGAAGACCUGGACGGAGAAGCCCUAGCGGCUUGCAUUCUGAACAAGCUUCGUGGACAGCUCCAAGUUGCUGCUGUCAAGGCUCCCGGAUUCGGUGACAACCGUAAAUCCAUUCUCGGCGAUCUUGCCAUCCUUACCGGCGGAACUUGCUUCAAUGAUGAACUGGAUAUCAAGCUCGAAAAGGCAACCCCUGACCUGCUUGGUUCGACCGGCUCCGUCUCGAUCACCAAGGACGACACAAUCCUGCUCAACGGUGAAGGCCAGAAGGACAUGAUCUCCAACCGAUGUGAACAGAUCCGAGCUGCCAUCACCGACCCCAGCACAUCUGACUACGACAAGACGAAGCUACAGGAGCGAUUGGCAAAAUUGAGUGGCGGCGUGGCGGUUAUCAAGGUCGGAGGACACAGCGAGGUUGAGGUCGGGGAAAAGAAGGACCGAUUUGAUGACGCCCUGAACGCUACUCGAGCUGCUGUAGAGGAAGGAAUUGUUCCAGGUGGUGGUACUGCCUUGCUGAAAGCGAGCAAAGCGUUGGACGGGCUCAAGUUGGCCAACUUCGACCAGCAAUUGGGUGUCUCGAUCAUCAAAUCCGCCAUCCAGAAGCCAACCCGGACGAUUGUCGAGAACGCCGGUGAAGAAUCAUCCCUGGUCGUCGGAAAGGUUCUCGAACACUACAGUGGCGACGGGCAAUUCCACUGGGGAUAUGACGCCGCCAUGAGCGAGUACAAGGACCUCGUAGCCAGCGGAAUCAUCGACCCACUCAAGGUCGUCAAGACCGCCCUAAACGAUGCUGCUGGUGUCGCCAGUCUGUUGACCACCAGCGAAGCAUGUGUUGUCGACGCCCCAGAAGAGAAGGCCGCUUCACCGAUGGGUGGUAUGGGCGGAGGUAUGGGUGGAAUGGGAGGAGGAAUGGGCUUCUAA